CGCCGCCAGAGCGCCCGCCAUGCGCGCCGCCCCCGCCGCCCCGCUGCUCCAGCUGCUGCUCCUGCUGGGGCCGAGGCCGCCGGCUGCGGGAGUCGCGGAGCCUCCACUGCCCGCCGUGGUCCUCACCAUCCUGGCCCGCAAUGCCGAGCACUCACUGCCCCACUACCUGGGCGCGCUGGAGCGGCUGGACUACCCGCGGGCCAGACUGGCCCUCUGGUGUGCCACAGACCACAACACGGACAACACCACAGGGAUGCUGCAGGAGUGGCUGGCCGCCGUGGGUGACGACUAUGCGGCCGUGGUCUGGAGGCCUGAGGGGGAGCCCAGGUCCUACCCAGAUGAAGAGGGUCCCAAGCACUGGACCAAAGAAAGGCACCAGUUUCUGAUGGAGUUGAAACAGGAAGCCCUGACCUUUGCCAGGGACUGGGGGGCUGACUACAUCCUGUUCGCAGAUACAGACAACAUUCUGACCAACAACCAGACGCUGAGACUUCUGAUAGAGCAGGGGCUGCCCGUGGUGGCCCCAAUGCUGGACUCGCAGACCUACUACUCCAAUUUCUGGUGUGGGAUCACCCCCCAGGGCUACUACCGCCGAACAGCCGACUACUUCCCCACCAAGAACCGCCAGCGCCGGGGCUGCUUCCGUGUCCCCAUGGUCCAUUCCACCUUCCUGGUGUCCUUGCAGGCCGAGGGGGCGGCCCAACUCGCCUUCUACCCCCCUCACCCCAACUAUACCUGGCCCUUCGACGAUAUCAUCGUCUUCGCCCAUGCCUGCCAGGAAGCUGGAGUCGCGGUCCAUGUGUGCAACGAGCACCGUUACGGGUACAUGAACGUGCCCGUGAAAUCCCACCAGGGGCUAGAGGACGAGAGAGUCAACUUCAUCCACCUGAUCUCGGAGGCGCUAGUGGACGGGCCCCCUAUGUGGGCCUCCGCUCACGUGUCCCGGCCACCAAAGAGACCCAGCAAGAUGGGGUUUGGUGAGGUGUUUGUCAUCAGCCUGGCCCGCCGGCCCGACCGCCGUGAACGCAUGCUCAGCUCGCUCUGGGAGAUGGAAAUAUCUGGGCGGGUGGUGGAUGCUGUGGACGGCCGGACACUCAACGGCAGUAUCAUGAGGAGCCUCGGCGUGGACCUGCUCCCCAGCUACCAGGACCCCUACUCGGGUCGCACGCUGACCAAGGGCGAGGUGGGCUGCUUCCUCAGCCACUACUCCAUCUGGGAGGAGGUGGUUGCCAGGGGCCUGGCCCAGGUCCUAGUGUUUGAGGACGAUGUGCGCUUUGAGAGCAACUUCAGGGGGCGACUGGAGCGGCUGAUGGAGGAGGUGGAGGCAGAGGAACUGCCGUGGGACCUGAUCUACCUGGGCCGGAAGCAGGUGAACCCGGAGGAAGAGGCAGCCGUGGAGGGGGUGCCGCACCUGGUGGUGGCCGGCUACUCCUACUGGACGCUGGCGUAUGUCUUGAGCCUGGCGGGUGCUCGCAAGCUGCUGGCCUCCCAGCCCCUGCGCCGAAUGCUGCCCGUGGACGAGUUCCUACCCAUCAUGUUUGACCAGCACCCCAAUGAGCAGUACAAGGCGCACUUCUGGCCGCGGGACCUGCGCGCCUUCUCUGCGCGGCCCCUGCUCGCUGCCCCCACCCACUACGCAGGGGACGCGGAGUGGCUCAGCGACACGGAGACAUCCUCGCCCUGGGACGACGACAGCGGCCGCAUCGUCAGCUGGAGUGGCUCUCACAAGACCCUGCGUGGCCCCCGCGUGGACCUGGCCGGCAGCAGCGGGCACAGCCUCCACCCCCGCCCCCGGGAUGAGCUCUAGGUCCAGGCCAUGACUCCGGAGGAGCUCAGGAGGAGGCCGACCUGGAGAUCGCUGGCAGGGGCCGCCACCAGGACCCACAGACCCCACAGAGACCCGACUGUCACCUGAGGCGUGGCCGCUCUGCCCUCUGGCCCCACCUUACAUGGGGAGAAACCACUCAGAUGGGACCCCCUUCCCUGAAGGUCACAUGGCCAAAGGGCAGGGCUCCCAGGCCCUGUCACCCUCCUGACUCAGGGCCCUGGGGGGAGGGAAGAAGGGGGGCUCACCAGCCUUCAGUUCCAAGCUGGGCAGACACCAGGAGCCCUGCCCUCCCUGCAGACCCGCUGCUGGGGCCCCUCUGCCAUCUUCUACCUCCACCUCAGCCCCUUUCCCGCUCUCGACACCUGGGUCUCACCUGCCUGGGCCCGCCCUCUCCCCUAGCCAGUGGGAAGUACAUAGUAGCUUCCCUCAGCACAUAGUAGGCCCUCAAUAAAAGCCAGCUGAUAUUUGCACUUUAUAUAUUUA